GGCCAACGUGAUCUACAGUAGUUGGUGAGGCAAGUGAUCCACAGCGACGAGAAAGAAAACAGCUGAAAACAGUUUGUAUGUCAAACGCUUGCUGAGUAGUUUAAGGAAACUUGAGUCAACUAUCAUGAAGCAAUCACUUUGUGAGUUGCUGCUGGAUUACCUCCCAAGAAUCUCCGAAGUUGAGGACUUCGUUUCUACUUCCAUCGCUAAUUGUGUCUUCAACAGUUUUCUGUCCUAUACCGCCAUCAUGUUGAACAUUGUAUCAAUCCACGCAAUAAGAAAAACGUCGUCGUUGCCAAAGACUUUAAAAACAUUGCUCCUGAGUCUUGCUGUUUCUGAUGUUAGUGUUGGUUUAUUGGUCCAGCCAUUUUACACCUCACUUCUGAUCAAGUUGUCACAAGAACACACCCCUGGCUGUGACACGCAUAAGGCUUUUUACUUCAUUGGACAUUUAUUUUCCUUGGCUUCCUUCUUGGGUGUUUUGGCUGUAAGUGUAGACAGGUUCUUAGCUAUUCAUCUUCAUCUCAGAUAUCAGGAACUUGUGACUCACCAGCGUGUUGUUGCUGUGGCGAUUUCAAUAUGGGUGUUAAGCCUAUUUGUUUCUUUUUUAUUGUUUUGGGUUCCACUCGAUAUUUACUCACUUAUCGUAGCAUCUAUUGCAGUUGGUGGUCUUGUUCUUACAACAAUGAUUUACAUCAGGAUUUAUUUAGCCGCACGACGACACAAGAAUCAGAUUCAGGUCCUGCAAGUACAACAAGUAACACAGGCUAACGAAAUAGCAAAUUUUGCUAGCCUCAUGAAAUCUGCGAUCGGUAUAUUUUAUGUAUAUGUUGUGUUUCUAAUUUGUUAUUUGCCUUACGUUAUCGGUUUGGCCGUUUUUGAGAUAGUAGGCUCAAAUAUUACUUUGAAGAAACUUUAUUUCUCCUUCUCGACAAUCGUCUUUCUGAAUUCGUCUUUGAAUCCUGUAAUUUACUGCUGGAAAAUGAGAAACAUUCGACAGGCCGUCAUAAACAUAUUGCGGAACAUGUCUUGGUUCAGAGAUCGCGCAUCACUUGCAUCGACCGGCAAUACUACACUGUGA